UAAACACAACUUGCACUGUCUGUUAGACACUGAGACAUUCACAAAGGAAGUAAGAUGAUGCACUCCCACUGCCAGUGACAGAUUUUAUGAACAACACGAUCACAUAGGGCGAGUUCAACUGUCUUAAUUGAGGAUUAUUCUUUACAGAGUAAAUUAAAGAACGCAGUGGAAGAUGUCGUGCCUGAAGUGCCUUAAGUACACCAUGUGUGUGGUGAACUUCAUCUUUUUUGUCUGUGGGGCUACUGUCUUUGGAUUGGGCAUCUAUUUGAUGACAUUCUCCAGGUUCUCUUCCCUACUCCCCAGUCUUCAGGCUGUAAACAUCGCAAACUCGCUUUUCAUCAUUGGGAUCAUUAUCACCUGUGUCUCCUUCUUGGGCUUUCUUGGAGCCCUGAAGGAAAAUCGUUGCCUGCUUAUAUCUUUCUUCAUACUGUUGUUCCUUCUAAUGUUGGCUGAGCUGGCUGCUGCCUGCCUUUUGCUGCUGUUCGAGAAUCAGAUUGGGGCUUUCAUUGAAAAAGAUCUUAAGCAAGGUUUAGAGAAAUCCAAAGAGAGCAGAGGCAAUAGAACAGCUGAAGAUGACUGGGACAAAGUACAAAAAACUUUGCACUGCUGUGGAAUCAGUAACCAUACAGAAUGGGGGAGCAAUGUGCCGGAGUCAUGCAAAACUCAUAAUAAUGAAAAUGAAAGUUAUUGGCAGAAGGGUUGUUACACAAUCCUGAAGAAUGCAUUUGAAGGAAACCUCUUGAACACAGGGAUUGGUGUCAUUGUUGUCUGCGUUAUUGAGGUCUUGGGUAUGUGUUUCUCAAUGACCCUGUUCUGCCACAUAAGUCGAAGCGGGUUAGGAUACAAAUGACCAAACUCAAUGUUUCCAUUUUCACAGUUUGUGUUUUUAAUAACUAUUGCCCUACAAAUACCCAAAGACAGCCAGUAAAAGAUGAGAUGGCUUGCACGGAUGCUUGGUUCUUGGUUCUAUGUAUAUGG